AUGUCCAUCUCAUUUUUGUGCGCGGAGGCAGACACCAUCAGGAAGGUGGACGGGCACUUCACGGCCCAAGGUGGCGACGAGCUGAACUAGGCUGGUUGACCAUUCGGCGCGAGAAUUUUUAUUUUUUUCAGACCAAGAACCUUGAGUGCAAUGAGGGAGAAAGCGAGGAACCGACUGGGAAGGACAGCAAUGAGAGCGUGUACGGACGGAGCAGGUCGAGUGGCGUUUUGCUCGGGCUGACUACAGCGGCGCCGGAUGGAGCAAUGGCACCGGAGCAUGCGGGCGACAUCGACCCGUGGCGCACGGACAAACAUUUCUAUCUGAGUUGUCAAUUCUUUCCGUUUUUUCUCUGACUUUCCAUGUUGGUUUUGUGUGAUGACAUCGUCAACGGUUUUGUAGAGAGACGCGUCAGAGAUGGCGUGGCUAACCCGGGUGCAUUGGUUUUGUGCCUGAUCGUGGAAGACCCCUUCAAUGUGGAACGAUUCUUAGCUAGUGUCGAUAUUUUUCACUGCAGUGCCUACACAGACGAUCGGGAGAGAUUCGGGUGAUUGUCAAUUGCUGCUAUGGUGGCUUUGGUUGGUUGUUCUUUUUCACUGUACGGCCGCAGACACAUUCUGACAGCACUUCAGACAGCAGCUUUGUGCCCCGCCAGCUGCUCGUUCCAUGCCUACCAUGGUGUUUUUGUACAGACAGCACUUCAGACAGCAUUAUGCUGUAGUCGGCAAUCUUCCGUUUUGGUAUAGAGUGGGACAGGGACGGGGUGAUGCUACUGUAGUCGAACGGUGGGACGGACGUGCAGUUCAGUUUUUGGGCACGCAUACGGUGCUGCAGGGAUUUUUAGGUGUCCCUCUUCGGGCUCUUAGAUACCUUUUUCUUGCUACGUGUGCGUGUUCUUUAGAUCCU